ACAAGAGAGCGUCAACACCACAACCCCGUCUCUCACGUGAGUCUUCCUGCUGUUGGCUACUUUUCCAGGUGUGGUUGAUGAUGAAGAUCUACCUGGCUUUACCUGUCUUAAUGGCCUUGCUACAGACAGUUCCAGCCGUUCCUAUGAUCCGCAACACAUCUCAGAACAACAAAAACAGCAACAACAGCAACAAGAAAGGAUCAUUUGGCGUGAAGGAAGCGCCGCCACAGGUGAUCUGGGGUAGCGCCUGCUCUCCCCGCAAGGCCUUCCUCUACCAGCAGCAAGACGCCCUUCUGCAGUGUGAGGUAUACGCCCCUACCGGCUCCGUCCUUACCUGGUACAAGGACCAUACACCGCUUCACCAUCAAAAGGAGGCGAUGCAGGAGGAAAUGAUCGACAGUGUGAGGGGCGGGGCCAAGGUUCAUCUCUCCUCCGUCAUCUAUAUUGACUGUGCUUCUCCAGACGACCAGGGUCGAUACCAGCUAGACGUGAGGACCCCGGCUGGUCACCUGUUCACCCGAUACUUUACCGUCCAGUUGUUGGAGAACGUGGACAGGAUGUUAGGUCACACGUGCAGGCUGGGGAAGGAAGUGAUGUCCUUCGUUCCCCGCAUCUAUCAGUUCGCUCGCCAAGCAGUAGCUCAGCACGGCCAGACGUUGGUGUUGCCCUGCCGCCUACACAGCCACCCUCCUACCAUGACAACCACCUGGCUAUUCCAAAACACCCUGCUCUCGACCCCACGCCAGACCAAGUACCAGGUACUAGCUAAUGGUGACCUGUUGGUGCGGGAUCUGAGUCCAAAGGAUAGAGGCGUCUACACCUGCCGCGCCCACAACACUGACCUGCCCGGCAUCGCAGACCAGAUUCACACUUUUGUCUACCCACAGGAAAAGGAUCGUGUGUAAUAUCUUGAUCAGUCAGCCACAGGUGUUGUCAGUAGCCCCCAGGUGUUGUCAGUAGCCCACAGGUGUUGUCAGCAGUCCCCAGGUGUUGUCAGCAGUCCCCAGGUGUUGUCAGCACUCCCCAGGUGUUGUCAGCAGUUCCCAGGUAUUGUCAGCAGUCCCCAGGUGUUGUCAGCUGCCCCCAGGUAUAGUCAUCAGCCCCCAGGUAUUGUCAGCAGCCCCCAGGUGUUGUCAGCUGCCCCCAGGUAUAGUCAUCAGCCCCCAGGUAUUGUCAGCAGCCCCCAGGUGUUGUCAGCUGCCCCCAGGUGUUGUCAUCAGCCCCCAGGUGUUGUAAGCAGCCCCCAGGUUACAGUGGCUUCUAGUUAUUGUCGUCAGGCCAUAUAUAUUGAUGUCAGGAAUCGGGUGUUUGUGUCAGCGUCCUGCUCUUACUGUCAGCCCCUGGGUAUUAACAUCAGCCUGUGUGGUGUUGUCAGUCAUCUGUGUUGUCGUCAGCUCUUCGGUGGGAUCGUCAGCACGUCAGCACGUUUCACGUCUCCAUUCAGAUGGUAGAAGCAAGAGGAAGUGUCUGCAGUCAGCACCCCCCGACUUAGACUGAGUCCUUUUCGGGGGUCAGUGUCAGCAGUCAGCAAACUCCCUGACACUGAGUCCUUUUAGGGGGGUCAAAGUUGGCAUGACAAUGUUUGAAGGAACGUGUGUGUGUGUGUGUAUGUAUAUUAGUUUGUAUGUGUGUAUUAGUGUGUGUGUGUGUUUGUA